UUAUUUUCCCCCAAAUAAAAAAAAAUUCAAAACGAUGCCGUUUCUCGUUCCAGGUUCCGAUCUCCGUUCCCUCACCACCGCUUUCGGCACCGACCGUCCCUACUUCACCCCAAUCCGAAAUUCCGACCCAAGACCCGAACCGCUCCGCGUCUCCGCCCGCCGAACCCCGACUCCCUCCGCCGGCGUGUCCUUAGAUUUAACCAAGAAAAACGAUCCGCGGUGGUCUGUUUGCACCGCCGACGAGCUCCACUACGUCUCCGUUCCCAAUUCCGAUUGGAACCUCGCUCUGUGGCGCUACCUUCCUUCUCCUCAGACGACGGAGCCGAGGAACCAUCCGCUGCUACUGCUGUCAGGUCUGGCCACGAAUGCAAUCGGAUACGAUCUCUCGCCGGAGUCAUCGUUUGCGCGCUCCAUGUCUUCGCAAGGAUAUGAUACCUGGAUUCUUGAAGUCAGGGGAGCUGGCUUGAGCACGCACGGAACCGAAUUGGGGGAAAUAAAUGGUUUGUUAGAGGCAGGGCAAAACCGUGCUACAGUGGUUAGCGGUUUAAGUCAAACACCAUUAAACAUCAUGGAAGUAGGUCAACGAGCGGUGACAAGUUUUGCAGACUUCCAAGAGCGUUUUUCAACUGGAUUAGAGGAUUUCCAGAAGCAACUUGGAAAGCUGGAUUGGGAUUUUGAUCACUACUUGGAAGAGGAUGUGCCUGUUGCGAUGGAGUAUAUAAGAACUCAAUGCAAACCAGAGGACGGGAAGCUUCUCGCAAUUGGCCAUUCAAUGGGGGGUAUCUUGCUAUAUGCAAUGCUCUCACGAUCCUCUUCUCAAGGACAAGAUUCUGGAUUCGCAUCAGUUGCUACUUUGGGAUCAUCACUCGACUACAGGCCUUCAAAAUCGUCACUGAAAAUGUUUUUACCACUGGCAGACCCUGCUCAGGUGCUAAAUGUUCCUGUUCCGUUCGGUGCAAUAUAUACUGCUCUGCAUCAUCUUGUGAGUCGCACACCAGCUUUGUCUUGGUUAAAACCUCAAGUUUCUGCUCAAGACAUGAUGGAUCCGGAGUUGUAUGAAAAGCUUGUCUUAAACAACUUUUGUACUGUCCCGGCUAAGCUUCUCUUGCAGCUAGCAACAGCCUUUGAGGAGGGUGGUUUGUGUGACAGGAGUGGGACUUUCUUUUACAAGGAACAUCUAUGCAAAAGCAACGUCCCGAUCUUAGCCCUUGGAGGAGAUCAGGACCUAAUAUGUCCUCCUGAAGCUGUUUAUGAAACAGUGAAGGUGAUUCCGGAGCAUUUGGUAACCUUCAAAGUUCUUGGAGAACUCGGUGGUCCUCAUUAUGCACACUACGAUUUAGUUGGAGGUCGCGGGGCACCAGAGGGAGUGUAUCCACACAUUAUUGAGUUUCUCAACCGUCAUGACAGGGCUUGA